AGCUAACUUACCUACCGUCAACAGAGGAUUAGUUAGCUAUUAGCUGAAGUCAAGCAUGUGGUGAGCUCCGGUAUGUUUGAGCAGCGCACAUGACACCAGGGGGCGCAGUGAAGGGAGGUUUCAUUUUGAUGUUAACCUUGCUGUAGGAGGAUGCACACAAGGACAAGAAAGAAGUGUGAGAGCGCAGUGUGAGCGAGAGGUGAUCUUCCCAAAGUUGUGUCUUUUUGGCUUGGACACACUAAGUGCAUGUGUGCGUGGUGGAUGUUUGUAUGGACGAGCUUGACUGCAUGCAGAUUUAGGACCCUGGCCUGAUGGAAAAGAGAGACAGGAAGCCGGGAUAUUUUGCCAGGCUCAAGAGGCGGAGACAGCUCAAGCAGAGCCAAUCGGACAAGAAUGUGAAUGAGCAGAUUCCGGCAAUCAUCUCCUGUCCUGAUAUCCCAAAUGACAGCGACCCCAACAAGAAGACAGAUCUACAGAGGAUAACAGCCAAACCACCUGCAGGUUCAGAUGAUGGCUGUAAAAGUAACAAUCUGGCAAAGAAAGAGAAGAGCAGGCCACCAGGGACAGUGGAGUUCAUUGUGGGACCCAAUGAUUCCCUUAACAGCAUCGCUCUCAAAUUCAACAUCACCCCAAACAAGCUGGUCCAGCUGAACAAGCUCUUUUCUCGCAGUGUCUACCCGGGUCAGAAGCUGUUUGUCCCUGAUGUGAGCCAAUCAGAAUCAGACUUAAAGUCUCAGAGUUCCUCCGACUCCACCUUCACAAAUGGCUUGUCUGAGAAUCCAUCACAUGAUGGCAUUUCAAACUGCAGAUCAGCGAAAUCCAUCCGGCGCGAACUCUCCCCAAACUCAGAGGACGAGAGUCCGUCAACAGUUAAAUUCAUCAAGAUGAGCUGCAAGUAUUUCACUGAUGGCAUGGGAGUGGUGGGAGGCGUGCUGAUCGUGACCCCCAACAACAUCAUGUUCGACCCCCACAAGUCCGACCCCCUUGUGAUCGAGCACGGCUGUGAGGAGUAUGGCCUCAUCUGCCCCAUGGAGGAGGUAGUCUCUGUGGCGCUGUACGAUGACGUGUCACGCAUGAAGCUCAAAGACGCCCUGCCAUCAGACCUACCCCAGGAUCUGUGUCCUGUGUACAGGCCCGGUGAGUGGGAGCAGCUGCCAUCAGAGCGGGACCUGAACCCCUUCAGCCGCUACGAAGCUCUAGAUCCAAAGCGACCAAUCGUCUUGGACGACAUUGAAUCAAACCUCUCUGAAACCGGGAGUAUAGAGGGAGAGCAGACCGAGAAGUCUCCGUCAGAUGAAGGAUUCACAGAGUUGGAGCCCACUGUUAACGGGAGCACUGAAGAAGCAGAGGGAACGUCCUCCAGAACACACAGCAUUGUCAGCAGGGACCAACAGAAAAUCCUAGGACCAAGCUGCCCAGGCUGGGGAGACUCCCAGGACAAGUCGACGCUCGACCAAACUAAAGGGAAGCUGGACGACGAGGAGGACGAAGGCCUGGCUCAGAACAGUUCCAUUGAGGACGGAGAGUCGAUACAAUCCUCCUCAGAAACUGAAAAACAGGGCGACUCGCGCAGCGACAAACCCGCAAGCCAAGAGGUAACCGAAACCAAAGAUAUCAAACCUAAAGGGACCGAAGAGCUUGCUGCUAAAGGUGUGGAUAAUAAAAUAAUCAGGGCACCAGUGGACCAAAACAGGAAGUUGAGCCUGACUGAGGCUGCAGAGGUUCGUGGGAACUCUAGUCCUAAGAGACAAAGUCCAGACAGGCUGGCGGAAGUGGACGAACUCAGCGAGGAGGAGAGACGGAAGAAAAACUAUGAGGCUGAGGUGAAGUCGUGGCUGAUGGAGAGGAUGCAGGCUCCAAUAGAAGACAUGCUUUUUUCGUCAGAGGAGAAGAGUAAAAACCCUCCAAUGUUCCUCUGCUUCAAAGUGGGAAAGCCAAUGAGGAAGUCCUUUGCUACAGGGAUGACCUCUAGUCCUGCCCACUCCUUUGGGGGCCGUGGAAAGCAGCCAGAAUACUGGUUCGCUGUGCCGCAAGAAAGGGUGGACCAUCUGUAUGCAUUUUUUGUGCAGUGGUCUCCAGAUGUGUACGGGAAGGAAGCUCGAGAGCAGGGCUUUGUUGUGGUGGAGAAAGAUGAGCUGGACAUGAUCGAUAACUUCUUCAGUGACCCUGCGUCUUGCAGCUGGGAGAUCAUUACCAUUGAUGAGGCAAAGCGCAGGCAGAGUUUUGGCAGCUGCGACGGAGACCUGUCUGUGGAUGCAUUGCCCAUACUCAGUGAUACCAGUGACCUGAUGCAGGACACGCACAUUGAGAAGCUUGCCUGUCGCCUGCCAGCCCGCGUGCAGGGUUACCCCUGGAGACUGGCCUACAGCACUGUGAAACAUGGGACCAGCCUCAAGACUCUGUACAGAAACCUGUCAGAUGUGGACAGUCCCGUUCUACUGGUCAUCAAAGACAUGGACAACCAGAUAUUUGGGGCAUUCUCGACUCAUCCCUUUAGAGUGAGUGAACACUGCUACGGCACAGGAGAGACAUUCCUCUACAGUUUCUGUCCUGAAAUCAAGGUGUACCGCUGGACAGGGGAGAAUUCUUACUUUGUGAAGGGCAAUACGGAUUCUCUGCAGAUGGGAGGAGGAGGUGGUCAGCUGGGUCUGUGGCUGGACGCCGAGCUGUACCGAGGCACCACCACCAAAUGUGCUACCUUCAACAACCAGCCUCUCUCAGCCCAGCAGGACUUCAGCAUCCACAGUCUGGAGGUCUGGACCUUCGAGUAGCCUCGCCCACUCUGUUCUAGCAACUUCUACACUCACGCACCGCUCUACGUCCCCCACACCUUAACCCCCACCCCCAAGUCUAUUACACACCACUUGGAGGCAAACCUAGCUACCCCACAAUGAUGCUAAAUGUUCUGCAAGAGAAGACAGAAAGCAGCCCAUGGAGACUUCAUGUUGACUGAAAACAAAGUGGAAACGUCAGUCUUCUGUAGCCUGUUUUCGAUGUGGCUCUGACCUGCAGGUAGGUUGGCCAGGUAAUGUCUGGUUCAUCCUUCCUUCGCAGGUAGAGGUGUGAGGAAAAACGCUGUUGCUCUCAGUUCAUUGGCUGCCUUAGACAUGUGACAACAGCCCCAGCUUCCCAAGCAUGGCAGACUGCCUUACCAUCAUAAGCUUCUGAGGACAGAGGGGAAGAGGAGGGCUGCAAAAAGAGUUGUGUGUGAAAGAAUAAGACGUCCCAUAAUACUGUAGGCUUGUGCAGAAAUAAUGGUUGAUGUAAUUUGUAUGUUUGGGAAUGUACAGGAUCAUUUACCGAUGAUAACGUUUGAAAUGGUUGAUCUUUUUUUACAACGUGAUGAACUUUAAACUUGAAGGAAGGUGGAAAAUGCCACGAAGGAUUUUACAUCCUCCACCAUCAAGUUAACUUUCAAUACGGGAAAUGUAGUAAUUGUUUACAAUGGAGGUGUUACACCUCCUGUGAAGGCCGUCUCAUUCCUUUAUUUUGAGUUUUAGAUUACUGUAUUAGAAGGUUUCCAUUGCAUUUCCCCAUAACUACAUAUAAAGUCAUCAUUCCCCCGUACAAUCAAAAACAGGUGAUAAAGCCAGGAAAUGUUUGCAAUGACCAAAUAUUUUCUUUUGAAUUUCAUAUUUGUUGUGAACUCAUCAUAUUUUAUAAAAUAUUUUAGAUUUUUUAUUUUUACAUUUUAUUUUUACUUUUUGUUUUUACAGAUAAUGUUUUGUUUUUUUGAAACGGUUCAACUUUUAUGAAAUGUAGUGCUGAAUAUUUCUGUUUCUGAUUGGACCCAACAAGCACUAAACAUGACUAUUGUCAGUAUUAGAUUCAUGUCUCACGCUGACUAAUUUUAUCUCUUUGUGGUUAUUGUUGAGAGAGUUACAGCCAGUAAAGUUUCAACAUGAUAUCACUUUGCACUACAGGAUGAAUUGAGAGUCCAUGCUGGGUUGUGGCCCCAUGUAAUCAAGCAUUUCUUCAAUGUAAAAUUUGUUGCUGAAUGUUGUUUAAUCACCAUUACAGGAGGGAAGCUGCCUGUCCGAUCACAGGUUGGCCUCUGCUUUACUUAAGAAUGGGUGGAAAAGGGAUAAUCUGUUUUUUUUUUUGCACUCUGAUCUGCCACUAACUAAAAAUUCAGAUCUACUAACACGGAAAAGAAACAUUCAUUUAUACCCUGUGUGUCUGACACAGGCUUGUAGAGCAUGAAUAUGCAAUACUGCAAAAGUCUGACACCAUUGUUAUGAUACCUGCCAUACUAUUCACUAAUGCCAGUUAUCGCUUCACGUGAAAAUGAGCUCUGUUGUCUGUAGCUGUUCAAUGUUGUUACUGUGAAUGCUGCCUAAGUAUUAUUUCUUGUGAAUCCAAAACUGCUGUGUUCUGUGAUAUCACUAAGGAUCUAUUUAUUGUGUUGUUAUUGCAACCACAUUUAAACUUAAAUAAAUGUUAAACAUAUACAUA